AGAAUCUAGUAUACGACAUGGGCCAUGCAUAACUAACAAUAAGGAAAUGUUUUACUCAAAGAAUGUGCAGCUACAACACUCUCUUCUAAGUUCCAACCUUUAAAUAGAAUAGUCCUACAUGUUAUUUUUCUUUCUGUCUGUCUCUCCUGAUUUCAUAUCCACACCCUGCAUUUGGUGCUUCCUUCUCUCUCUCUCUCUUUAAGACUAAAAACUGAAAAAGAGAGGGAAAUAUUCUAGCAAGAUAUAACUCUUAUAGUGUUGUGUACAGAAACAACAACCUAGUCAUAGAUAUUCUUGUUAACAGAAAAGAUCUUUGAUACCAUGAACAGCAAUCAACAAAAGAAGAAAAAUUAUGAAGGUGGUGGUGGAGGAGGAGGUGGUGGAGAGAAAGAGAUGUUACAAUCAACAAAAAAAGGGCAGCAAUUAUCAACCAUAACUUCUUCACCACCCUCAUCAACUACAUGUUCUCCUUCUCAUGAAUUUUCAUUCACAAUAUCUCUUCAUUCAUCAUCAAAUGAAAAAACUAUUACCAAAUCCAAAUCCAAAACCCCUACAGCUACACUGUCACCACCACAUAAUUCAUUUGCAAUAGACUUAUCUCCAGCAGAUGAUAUAUUCUUUCAUGGACAUCUAUUACCUCUUCAUCUCCUUUCUCAUUUACCUAUCUCUCCUCGCUCUUCCACCAAUUCAUUGGAUAGUUUCACUCUUCCUAUCAAAGAAUUACAAGAUGAUAGUAAUAAAAGAGCCACCACCACCACCACCACCAAUACCAACACCACGGUCACUACCAGCAAUACUUACACUAUGAGCAGCAAUAACAUCUACAACAAUGCAAGAGAGAUCAAUGGAAGAAUCAAAGCGAAAUCCUUCUCUUUUUUGAAGUUUCCAAGACGGGCAAAAGGCAGUGAAUUUGAAGAAAGAGAGAAAGAAAUGGAGAAAAAGAAGAAGAAGACUGGUGGUUUUAAUAUGAUUCAGAUUAUAAGGAGGUACGCUAAAAUGGUUCGGCCUCUUUUGUUUUACAAAAAUGGCAGUGGGAAGACGUCUGCUACUACCACUACUAGAAGGGAAACUGCUGCAGGUGCAGGGCACUUUGAUUUUGAGAGAGAACCUUAUUCAUCGUUUUCAGGUAAUUUAAGUUUAAGAGGAACUGAUAGUAAUAAUAAGAAGAGAGAAUCAAGAGGAAGAAGAGGAGAAUUUUCUGCGCCGGCAUCGAUGUGGACGUCUCCGACUAAUAGUGGUCUUCUACUUACAACUCCAUUAGGUGUUCAUUCUUCUUCAAGUGAAAGUAAUAUGGAGGAAUUGCAAAGUGCAAUUCAAGCUGCCAUUGCACAUUGUAAGAACUCAUCCACUCCAAUCAAGGAGGGUGACAAUAAACUUCAAUCCUAAUCUCUUUAUCUCUUAGUUUUAUGUAAAUUUGGAGUACAUUGUAUGGUAUAUAAAUAUAGAAAAAUGAGUUUGGUUUAUUUAGAAGUUUGGUUUAUGAUGAUGCAAAUCAGAGGCCAUUCUUUUUGUGUCUU